AUGUAUAAAGAUAAUAUCUACACCAUUCCCAAUCUGUUGUGUGUGAGCCGUGCCGCCGCCUCUCCGUUUGUAGCGCAUUUGAUUUUGGCUGGACGAAAUACCGAAGCAUUUGGGCUUCUGUUUGUGGCUGGUUUGACCGAUCUGUUCGAUGGAAUGAUCGCGCGCCGAUGGCCCUCUCAGGCGUCCCGGUUUGGCACAGCACUGGAUCCGGUGUGCGACAAGAUCUUGAUGACCACAGUAGUCGUUGCGGAGACGAGUGUGGGUAUGUUGCCAUGGCAACUAGCAGCGGUCAUGAUUGGACGAGAUGUUGGGCUUGUCCUGGGUGGAUUCUGGUACAGAUACCUGUCACUCGCCCCGCCGGUCACUUUACACAAGUUCUUCGACGGCAGUCACGGUGCUACUGAGUUCCAUCCGACAAUGCUGGGCAAGGUGAACACGUGUCUGCAGCUGCUGCUGAUUGGUUCGUCGCUGGUCUACCCACUACUAGGCCUCGAAACGCUCGUGCCCAUGGUUGCCUUCCAGUACCUGGUGGGGAGUACUACCGUAUUGUCGGGGCUACAGUAUGUGACAUCCAACACGGCUGUGCAACUGCACAAACGAUAG